AUGAUCAUGCAAACGGAAGACCAACGCAAGGUUUGGCUGAUCACUGGCACAUCCUCUGGCUUCGGCAAGCGACUGGUCGCGAGCGUCCUCGCCCGAGGCGACUAUGUCAUCGCGACCGUACGCAGCCUCGAAAAGUUCAGUCUCCCCAGCGGCGACCGGUCCCGCCUCCGUAUCAUUGCCCUCGACGUCACCGACAGUUUCGACACCAUCCAGCGCGCCGUCCACGCUGCCGUCGAAUUCUGGGGUCGCAUCGAUGUCCUCGUCAACAACGCUGGCUACGGUCUCAAGUCGCUUCUCGAGGAGGGCGGCGCCACUGCGGCCAUGACACAGUUCCAGACGAAUGUGUUUGGCGUGAUCAACGUCACCAACGCCGUUCUGCCACACAUGCGCGCACGGCGCACCGGCACCGUCGUCAUGAUGGGCAGCCGCUCGGUAUGGAAGGCCGACACACCUGUGAGUAUUCCGGCUGCUUUGGCUCGGGAUAAGGGGCGGGAUGCUGAGCGGCGGGUCCACCACCAGAUCGCAGGCUACUACGUCGCCUCCAAGGCUGCCAUCCACGCCCUCGGCGAGACGUACGCGACCGAGCUCGCGCAGCACAACGUGCGCGUGACCAUCUGCGCGCCGGGCGCGUUCCGCACGGAGAACGUGCACGCGGUGCCGUACACGCAGCACACGCACAUCCCCGAGUACGACGCGCUGCGCACCGCGGCGGUCGAGCGGUUUGCGGACGUCGGGAAGCACGCGCGCGGGGACCCCGCGAAGGCGAUGGAGGUGCUCGUCGACGCGGUGCGCGGGGAGCGCAGCGCGCGCGGGAAGCAGCUCCCGCUGUACCUCAUGCUCGGGAACGUCACGUACGAGCAUGUGCGCGCGCACCAGGCACGCGUGGAGCGGGAGAUGGCCGAGUGGGAGGACGUCGCGCGGGAUCUGGAUUUUGACGUCGAGUGCUAG